AAUAAGGUGUUACUCAAGUUAAGAGUUCUUUGUCAAUCUUCAACAGAAAUGGGGUUUUGGGAGCAGGGAAGGGUUUAAUUUAAUCGUUUCUCUCACGAAACUAUCGAUUUUCAUCUCUAAUAUGGGCGUCCCUUUUAAGAUUUUCACGAAUCAAUGGCCGCUUCAUUCUGUAAACUAGAUUCAGCUUCCAAUCGUUGGGAUGCAUUCCUCUCCUGGAUUUUGAUUUCUCUAUAAAUUGAGGGUUUCAUUCACCGCUUGUGAAGGAAUGGCGCAGGACGUUGAGGCGCAGCAAGACAAGCCGUCCAAUGCCUGCUGCGCCAAGUUGCAAAAGAAGCACUCGAAGCUCUUGGAGAGGUGCGCGAAGCUUGAACAGAUCAAAAACAAGUUUCGCGACUGCACCUUAGCGAUGCAGCAGAGAUGCGAUGUGGUCGAGAGAGAUAGAGAGAGUCUGAGGAGAGAUAAUGAGAGUCUGAGGGAAGCAUCGGAAAAACUCAAAGUGCAGGUUAAUUUAUGGAACAGUGAGAAAGAUAUAGAGGCUGGUCGGUGUGCUGAUCUUGAGGUUCAGUUGCUGAAGCGAAACAGUGGUUCUGCUUCUCACAGAGGAGAUGAGCAGCUUCGAGAACGCAUUGCUCAAGCCGAGGAAGAAAUUAAGCUAUUGAAGGGGAAGGCAGCUUCUGAAAAGAAGCGCACUGAGUUGGAGAAGAAGAAAGCUGAUGAGGCGUUGAAGAAGUUAGAGAGUGUAGAGAGAAAAAAGGCUGAGGAGUAUAAACUUCUGUGGGAGAAGUUAGAAAAAGAAAAUGAUGAUAUGAAGCCAAUGUUGGCUUUGGAGAAAUCUAAAUCGGAAGAUGCUCACAAGAAGUUGGAAGCAGAGAAACAGAAAACCAUUGGACAAAGUAAAAGGGCAAAGUUGGCGGUGGACAAAUCUAAAGAGCAGAUUAAUCUAGCUGAAACAAAUUUGAAGAAGGCCAUGUAUGAGAAAGCUCGAGCAGAUGAUUUGAGCCGGAAGUUGGAAGAGGCCAUGAAUACGGCUGAUAAAUCUAGUCCCAGCAGGAAUGCAGUACCAGCCACUGAUAUACGCACUGAAAUGCUAAAGAAUGACACCCACUUCCAUAAGUGGAUGGAAAAGAUGCUUUUGGAGAAAGAACAUGAUAUCGUUAGGGAGAAAAAGCGUGCAGAUUCAGCAAAAAAGAAAGCAAAGAAACAGAUAAAAGUUGCAGAAGAAUGCAGAAAGAUGUCCAUGGAACAAAAAGAUCGGGCCGAUCAACUAUCUGGGCAGUUAGAGAUGUACAAGCUCAGGUUAGAAGGGUUGCAGAAGGAAAUGCAGGUGUUUGUUUCAUCGAGAAUUUAUGCUGGCACUUCUCCCAUGAUAAACAAUGAUGCCAUUCAUGAAAUUGAUACAGUUGAACUUCUGAAGAAACAAUUGAAGCUAGAAAAGAUGCUUGCAAAACAUGCCAAGGAAGUGGCGAAGAUAGAAGCUUUACGUAACACAAUGCUACAACAAGAAUUAUGUCACAUAAAGCAGGAGAGUGUUCAGUUCCAACAGCACUUGAAUAUACUACUAGAUAAGAGUUUCUUGCAUGGCCCUGAAGGUAUAGAUCAGUUGAAAAAGAUUGGCAGUGAAACCACCAAAAGAGAAGUAUUAGGCUCUGAUGGGAGUCGCAGGCGAGUCAUGUCAGGUAUAGAUUCUAGGAUGGAUCCUCCUUAUCGAGGUUCCAACCAAAAAAUGUUACAGAGUUCUGCCAUAUAUUCCAGUUCAGCAUCUUUUUCUGAUCGGCCCUUGGUGGGAUCACAGGAAAGAGACACAUUCUCUAUUAUGACAUCAGCUAACCUGGGGGAGGAUAUAUCAAACUUCAAACCAAAGAUACCUAAUAAGAUGCAAAACGAUCAAAAUGUAGCUAAAGCUGAUAACAGAACUAGUAGUCCAAUUAAAGACAGUUCUAGUAAAAGAAGACUUGGCUUGCGUCAGAAGAAGAGGAAUCUUGGUGCAGUAGAGUCUAUAGAAAAUUUGAAUGCUAAGGGUGAGAAAUUGCAUCAACAUGUGUCUGAAAAAUUAGCCAUACUGCAUGAUACUCUCAAUGGCCAAGUGGAUGAUUCACAGGAAGACAGUCUGAAAGGAACUACUUGCACAGGGCUUUUUAGACCUCUCAAGAAGAGAAAAUCCUCUUCAGAGGGAACUGUAAUUGCUAAUCAUUUUCAGAAUUCUGGGGAGUCAAAAGGCACCGUCAGUUUUGAUAUCAAUAACUCAGAUCCCUGUGUGCCUGCUUCAUCACCAGGGUCUGAUGCAGUCAGAUCUGAUUUGGGUGAUGAGGAUGGAACACAUAAUAUUUUAGAACACAACAUGUCCACUUCUCCAGAUUUUGACCAGAUGGUCACUGGUGACCAUAUGAAGUUGCUGGACAUGGACAAUGCUGCUGAUGAAGACUCCUAUCAUAGAGCUAUUGCCAGACCCCUAUCUCCUACUCUGGCUGAGGUUGAAGUAGUUAGCUCUGAGAUGCUGGCAUGUAGGAGUUCCCAACUGGGGCUGUCAACUGUGAGUAGAUAUCCAGUUAUUGAAAUGGAGAAGAAUCUCACUAAUGUUGCACCCAAUGGCUCUGAUCCAUUGCUGUUACAAAUGGAGCAUAAUUCUGAUACCUUCUCAGAGGAUAUGACUCCACCGGCUGCAAGUGAUACUCAAGAAAUCCAUGUAACAAGUGGGAAGGUGGGAACAGGCCAUAUUUCUGGUUCUGGAAAUGAGGGAACAAUUGAAACAUAUGAAAAGGGAAGUGCAUCUUGUUGUGGUGAAACUCUGAAGUGUUUUAUUGUAUUCUCAGACAACAAAGACAACUUAAGCAUUUUGCGGAUCCUUCAGACAAUUUCCAGUUUCAUGCCACAAUGUUCUUUUGAUCAUUCAGUGGAGACAUUCGUUCAAAAUGUUAUACACACCAUUUCUAAACCUAAAGACCUCUCAACUAGGGAAAAGGCAUGUGUAUUCUUGUCACUGAUACUGCGUGAAAUUUCUGAACUAAGACUCAAAAACUUGAAAAAUGGUUUAGGUGAUAAUUUUGUCCGGGCACUUGCUUCAGUGACCAUGCUCUUCAACUCAGCACUAUCUGAUCCAUCUUUGAAAAGGAUGGCUAUGGAGUCUUGUGGUUUGUUUGAACUGCUUGCUAUCAUUGAAGAUUUCCUUCAACAGAGUAAAGUUUUUGUCUAUGGUGGUGUAUCUGCUGAGUCAGAUGCCCAUGUUACUUCCAAAUUGGACUUAAUUUUAAAUGGCAAUCCCAUAAUGCUGCUGGAAGUGGCUGCUUCAGCUCAUCUGUUGAUUGCAGGGGGUAGUCUAUUAGCAUCAUUGUGCCUCGCUGUUGAUGAUAUUGGUUAUGUUUGUGAGAUAUCAUACAACAUUAUUAGAACCCAGAAGCUUGACCGUCCAGUAAUGUUGGCUAUUCUUCACGCUUUUGCCCUCAUAUGUGGCUCCAAGUACUUUACCCUUCAGCAUUACUCUGUAGCUAUGACUGUAGUAAAAUCAGUGGUUAUGUUUCUUGAGGAGCAAACUUUGUCAGCCGGUUCUACAUCCUCUUCCCUGUCAGAUUCUAGAAACCCAUCUAGCAUGUUGUUGUGCACACACUGUCCAUUCUCAGAAGGUGCAGUUUCUGUGGAAAAUGCUGCAGCGAUGCUGUUAGAGAACCUCCAAAAGCAGUGUCAUUGUGGGUUAUGGCCACAAGAUUCACUUGCCUUAGUCAGUUUGCUGGUUCCCACACUUCCGAUCCAUGAGGAGGGAGACGGGGCAGUUUCAGGCUUGGGAGAGGCUGCCUCAUCGAGUUUGGCAUGUGAUGAGACUUUAUGCAACUUCCUUGAUAUUUUUUCUUUGGUUGAGGUUCUAGCUUCAGUCAUGAGCUGGAAUUGGACAUCUGAUAACAUAGUAGGGCCGAUUUGUCAAACUUUGAAGUUAAAUUUAACAGAAGGAUUCUCUGCUACUAUCAUCACACUUCUCGGUCAACUUGGGAGGCUUGGAGUUGGUGCUGGCGGCUACGACGAUCCUGGUGUUCAGAAAUUAAGAGACUACUUCUCAAAGUUUCCUCAGGAAAUCACAUUCAAGAGAUUGAGUAUUCUUGUUCAGAUUGCCCUCAUAACUUGUUUGCUUUGUGUCAGUCCAAUCAAAUUUGAAGAGAUCACUGAAGAUAAAACCGAAACUCCAGCAGCCAUGAGUAGUCCCUAUAGUUUUGUAAGGGAAUGGUUUUUUUCCUUGAAUCACGAUCUACAGUCGUCCUUGAGGUCUCAUUUUGCUGCAAGCCAGGGCAACUAGCAGAUCAGUCUCCGGUUCGAUCAAAUUGAGCUCUGAGUCCUGUUCUUUUCGAAGAAGCUUGUGUACAGUAAUUGGUAACCAAGCGCCAAGCCAAGGUCUUCUGCAAUUUUUCUCAAGUUAAACUGAGCUGCUUAUUUCACAGUUACUUGAUAUUAUUGGAACCUUGCGAUUUUCUUCUCUGUUUGGAUAAUAGGGAUUGAUCCAAAAAUCUAUGUUUUUAAAAAUAUAACUGAAACAAAAAUUUGUUACUCUUAUAUGAGAAUCCAAAAAAUCUACUUUUAACUGA